UCCCCCGCCCUUCUCUGUUGUCAUUGUCGCUGUUUGAUGACGUACGCCACACGGAUUGUACCAUGGCGACCGACUCUACAAAUUGACAAACAAAAUGGCAUUUUUAUAGCUGUAAAGACGUCUGCAAAAUUUGGAAAAUAACAUUUUACCGAGAAUGACCAACAGAACGUCUUAUUUCUAUGACCCGGACGUGGGCAACUUUCAUUACGGUGCUGGUCAUCCUAUGAAGCCUCACCGGUUAUCCCUGACUCACAGUCUGGUGCUGCACUAUGGACUCUACAAAAAAAUGAUGGUGUUUAAGCCAUAUAAAGCGUCACAGCACGACAUGUGUCGCUUCCAUUCGGAAGACUACAUAGACUUCUUGCAGAAGGUCAGCCCCAACAACAUGCAGGGCUUCACCAAGAGCCUCAACACAUUUAAUGUUGGAGAUGACUGUCCUGUCUUUCCAGGUCUUUUUGAGUUCUGCUCCAGAUACACAGGAGCCUCAUUGCAGGGUGCUACACAACUCAACCAUAAGAUCUGUGACAUCGCCAUCAACUGGGCAGGAGGACUGCAUCAUGCCAAGAAGUUUGAGGCGUCUGGAUUUUGUUACGUCAACGACAUUGUCAUUAGUAUACUGGAGCUUCUCAAAUACCACCCUAGGGUCCUGUACAUCGACAUAGACAUUCAUCAUGGUGACGGUGUGCAGGAAGCCUUCUAUUUGACGGAUCGGGUCAUGACUGUGUCCUUCCACAAAUACGGGAACUACUUUUUUCCAGGGACAGGUGACAUGUACGAGGUCGGAGCAGAGAGUGGCCGCUACUACUGCCUCAAUGUUCCUCUCAGGGACGGCAUUGAUGACCAGAGCUAUAGGCAGCUGUUCCAGCCAGUCAUUAAACAAGUAGUGGAUUUCUACCAGCCUACUUGCAUCGUUCUACAGUGCGGAGCAGAUUCUCUGGGCUGUGACAGGCUGGGCUGCUUCAACCUCAGCAUACGUGGACACGGCGAGUGUGUGGAGUUUGUGAAGAGCUUCAAGAUUCCUCUGCUGGUUCUGGGAGGAGGUGGCUACACAGUCAGGAAUGUGGCCCGAUGCUGGACGUUUGAGACUUCUCUUUUACUGGAUGAGUCCAUCAGCGAUGAGCUGCCUUAUAGUGAGUACUUUGAGUACUUUGCUCCUGACUUUACGCUGCAUCCUGACGUCAGCACCAGGAUAGAAAACCAGAACUCUCGACAGUAUUUGGAGCAGAUCCGUCAGACGGUGUUUGAGAACUUGAAGAUGCUAAACCACGCACCCAGUGUUCAGAUCCACGACGUCCCCUCGGACAUUCUGAGCUACGAACGCACAGAUGAGCCCGACCCCGAUGAGAGAGGCGGCGAGGAAAACUACACAAGGCCAGAAGCAGCAAACGAGUUCUACGACGGUGACCAUGACAACGAUAAAGAAAGUGAUGUGGAAAUAUGACCAUGAACUUGUUUCCCUGACUGAGGAUUACAAUGGACACACGAAACGUCACAUUAAAUGUCCAACAAGGUUUUGGACAUUUAAAACUGUCAUUGUUUCCAUUUUUGUGUACAUGUAAAAUAACUUGUCAAAAUUUUGAUAUUAGUAGUUUUUAAAAUAUCUUUGUCGUGUUUCUGUUAGUAAGAUACGUCACCUGACACACCAUUUGUUGACAUUCAGCCUUACUUUGGGGUUGUUGGACACAAAAAACUGCAUUCAUUGUACAUUACAAACCCGUCUUGAAGAAACAUUUCUCAUGUGCCUUUGUUCUCAUUUGAAUUUUUACAACACUUUGUAUUUAGUGCACAUGUGAAUUAAGCGGGCACUGUGUGUGUGUGUGUGUGUGUGUGUGUGUGUGUGUGUUGCAGCUGAUGCCAUACUUGUUGACUUGAGUGCGGCCGUUUAAAGAAGUCCGCGAUGCAUCCACACUGCAACUCUUACCCAAACUCAUCUGCCAGAUUGUAUUGUGUUUUCAGGAGAAUUAUUUUUUUCUAAUAAAAUGAACAGAUCAGUACAA